AUGUCUCAUAUAGUUAGGGACCCUUGGCUAGUAGCGGGUGACUUUAAUAAUUUCAAUAAUCAAGAGGAGAAAAGAAACUUCCCUAUCAAUCAGGCCAGAAACCAGAAUCUUAGCCAAAGGAGAUAUAUGAAGUUUUCACAACAAAUCGGCAAUUGUAGCUUAAUAGAUAUUGGGUGUGUCGAACCAAGGCUGACUUGGACGAACAAUCGACAAGGAUGGUCCAACACAAUGGUGAGGUUGGACAAGGCUCUUUGCAACAUGGAAUGGCGUACUUUAUUUUCGAAUGGAACUUUUGAAGCUGCUUGGAUAUCCCAUGAGGGAUUUCGUUCUGCUGUGGAAAAUAAUUGGAAUGUUCCUCAUUUAUCCUUUUCUGAUGGGCUUAAAUCAAAGGCCGAUAAAGCUAUUGAUUGGAAUAAACUUGUUUUUGGAAAUAUUUUUAGAUGUAAAAGAUGGUUUUUGGGUAGAAUUGAAGGGAUUCAGAAAUCCCAGGCCCUUAAUUACUCUCAUAAUUUACAUAUGCUGGAGUUAGACCUCAUCUCUCAAUAUAACCGUAUUCUCCACCAAAAGGUGAUUCAUUGGUUCCAGAAAUCUAAAACCGACUGGAUCUCCCAAGGUGAUAGAAACACUAAGUUUUUCCAUGUCACUACUCUAAUUAAAAGGAAAAGAAUUCGUAUUGAGAUCUUAAAAGAUGAGCAGGGAAAUUGGAUUGACCAACCUCGUGAGCUUAAAUGCUUGAUCCAUAAUUAUUUUGUCAACCUUUUUAGCCCUUGCAACCCUACCCAACUUCGACACUGGAAGGGUUUGGCUAAUUGUACUAUUUCCUCUGAGGACAACAGUGAGCUCCUCCGGAAUGUCACUAAGGAAGAAGUGUGGAAAGCUAUAAAAAACAUCAAAGCUUUUAAAGCCCCUAGCAUAGAUGGGUUGCAAGUCAUCUUCUACCAUACCUAUUAG